AUGCGACUGCUGCUCCUAGUUUCUACUUUUAUUUGCUGUCUACUUUUCGCAGUAUGCGCCGGAAAAUGCGACCUCAGCCAACUUGUUGAGAAGCUCGACGCUGAUGCCCGAUUUGCACCCACGCAUCCGCCCAGGGAGGACACAAGAUUUCGCGACAUCAACGAUGGUGGGAUCGGGUUCUCGAUGUGCACGAUCCCAAAGAACCUCUCCACUCAAAUGGCCAUCAUCAUGUGCGACUUCUUCCUGGCGCAGCACGGGUCAAAUGGGACGGCUGGAAGUGGGGCGAUAAGCGUCUGCCACCGUGCCCCCAAGCUGCGCCAACACUGGAGGGCUCAGCCGAAGAAGUGGGCCGGAAAAUUCCCGCCCCACAAAUUCUUCAUCUCGCGCGACCCGAUCGAUCGAUUCCUGUCGACUUAUCUCAGCCUGUGCAUAGGGCGCAACGAGUGCUCGGGGAAGACGGUGGGGCAAAUGGCCAAGAUAGCCUAUCAUACGUACCGUGACGUCGGGAAGAAAGGAUGGAAGGGGCCGGGAAGUCGAUAUGUUUAUCAUCACUUUGAGCCGCAGACCAGGUUCUGUCCCGCCACACUACCUCACUUUAAAUACACCUCAAACCGCACUCAACUGGCGUCCAAGCUGACGGAAGUCUUCAAGAGGGCCAACAUCCCGCAGCGGCUGAUCAAAAAGGCACAAUCCCGUAUACUACGCCAGCAUGUGAACGGCAAUACCGACAAAGACGUGAAAGAAGCCAUUCGAGAAGAGAUUUUUGAUAACUGCAAGACGUUGAAAUACCUAGGUGGACGUGAGAAAGCGAAGGAAAUCAAGGGGGCUCCAAGAGAUUCCAGACGGGACCACGCUACGAUGCAGCGCUAUAUCACCUACGGAAGCCUGGACGCGGAUCCGCUGUAUAACUGCCGAAACAUCACCGACCCUCGAAAAUAUCAGGGCGAGCCGGCGGUGAUCUCGGGCUUUUUCUAUGCGGCCUAUGGGAUGAUGUCGCAGCUCGGCUACAUGCUCGCCCUCUCGGUGAUCAAGGAAAAGGAAUUUCUGAGCAUGUCGUGCUACAAGUUGAUGUUCGCGCUGGGAAUCCUCGACUCGUUGUGCGUCAUCAUCAGCUGUGAAUAUACUGGCUAUUUGCUGGCGAUCGGCGCAUGGUACUGCAUGUACCCGAAUGCCAUCUAUUUGGGAGGGGUCUGGAUUGAUGUCAUCUUCAACGCGUGCUGCUUCCUCUGCUUGAUGCUGGUGCUGAACAGAUUCCUCGACUUUUGGAAGCCGCACAUUGGGGAAAUGUUUUUUAAGGGAAAUCGAACGUGGGGCAUCAUCGCGCUUGGGUUCGGCUACGGGUUACUGUACCUGUGGACACCGCCAAUCCUGUUCCACUGGGACUACGGAACCUGGAUCUACAACCCGCUAAUCCCCGGCAACGACUAUCCGUUUGCCUCCAUCUACCAAACUCUGAACAAUACGUGCAUCUGUUUGGGCGUGUGCCUCCUCUACACCGCCAUCUACUUCCUGUACCGCGCCAAAAUGCGCUCGGCCAAGGUGGAAAGUGCCGCUUUUCAACGUCAGCUGUUAAUCCAAUCGGUGCUCGUCUGCCUGUUCACUUUCACGACGACGACCAUCUGGGCGUCGCUCGUCGUCAUCCCGCCCACCAAGUUCAUCAUGCACAUCGGCCACCUGUCGUGGCAACUGAUGCACGGAACUCCGGCGUUCAUCUACCUAUUUAUGAACAAGACCAUUCAACGGCGCGUCCUUCACAAGCUGUUCAAGAACCAGGUGCAAAUUGGCUCGACGACCGCGAUCACGACGGCGAAAAAUCCGCAAUCCCGCUACGCCGAUUCCAACCAAUCCGAGGCGCGCACCAAAGAU